ACAAAAAGUAGUGAGAUUCUAUUUUUUCCCGAUCAAAUUAAAACUACCCAUUUUCCAUUAGUGGAAUCAACUGUUUAUUUUAAUAUAACCUUGCUUUAGUGUGGUCCCUUAUGUAACAAAUUAGAUGCCGCUUUUUCUUUGAUGACUUGAAGAGGCCAGAAAAUAGGUUAUCACUGUGACGAAACAUACAGCAGAGUCAUUUCUUUGGGCUAAGACAACUUCAUGGCUAAAAUAGUCAAAGCUUAUCCAGGCACAAGAAUUUCCCCACAAAAUUUAUGUUUUUAUUCAACAAGGUAAUAUUUCAAUUCAGAAUAUUUCCCAGAAAACCAUGAGAUUGGGAGUCUUGUCGUGAGACCGUGAGAAAAGUUAAAAAAUCGUGAGACUCACGGCAGAAUUGUGAGAGUUGGCAGGUCUGCCUCAUAUGACAUUUUCUAUUGAAACCUGUAUGUAGUAGGAAGAAACUUUGUAUUAAGUGAGCACUACAGCAUUCUCUGCUGUGUCCACUUACAUUAUACAAGUUUCACUGUACAUGUUUGACUCCAUUCGCACUAACUAUUGAUAUGGAACGAUAUGAAAUUGCUUCAUGCAUAACAGAUGUACAUGUUUGGAGUUGUAUGUAAAUCUUAUUAAUUUUUUUUGCUAUUUAUGAAAACUUAAAGUAAGCUUAUAGGUAUUGCAGAGAAAUAUCCUUUGCUUCAACAAUAUGGUACAACCUUCAAGUGUUAAAAAUAUAUAUAUUCCUGGUGUAAUUAUUAUAGAUACAUAGUGUUGAGGGAAGUCUUUGGUUUACUUUUUGUUAAAACCGAAAAAUAAUUGACUUAAAUUGUGCCGGGGUAACCGAGUCGAGGUCAUCUCUUUAUAUCAAUAUAAGCUCACUCGAAUGGACUGAUCAUUUUUACUGCUAAUUUCUCCCAUUAAACAUCAAGGACAAUGUUUUCCACUAUUGCUGAUCUACCCUUCUGCCAAGUUUCGAAUUUCCACACCAAACCGAUUUUCUAAGACAUGCGAUGUUAAUAUGCGAUCAUGCAAAUUUCUGCGACAAAUAUUCCACUUGAAAAAAUUGGCUUAAACUGUUUAGACUGUUUACGAGGUAAUUAUCAUCAGAAUAUAAUACAAUUAACUCUCCUUCUCGGAAAGAGCUGUUGCAACUAUACUUUCCCUCUAUCAGAAACUACUUUAAAAUUUACUUAUCCCGAAAAGACGGCUUGAAUAGGUGAUACUAUUGGCAUUAUUGGAGAUAACAGCAAAGUAAUGACACCAUUGCAUCAGCUUAGAGGCUACGCUGGCACACUCGAAUGGACUGAUCAUUUUUUCUGCAAGUUUAUCUCAAUUAACUUCAGAGACAAUGUUUUCCAAUAGAAGUAACCCACCCUUAUGCCAAGUUUCGAUGUUCAACACCUCACCGAUUUCGAGAAAAUGCGAUAUUACUGUGCGAACAUGCAAACUUUUGCGGCACAUUAUUCCACUCGAGGAAAUUGACCGAAACUGUUUACAGCUCUCAUACGCGUUAUUUUUCGGAUUAAUACACAUUUCACUCACCUUUUCGGAAAGAGAUGUUGGAAUUGCACUAUCCUACCGUGACAAAAACCAUUUUGGAGCGUCAAUAUCCAGGAAAACCAACUUUAAAAGUAGCAUUUGGAAAUGACAACUGCGCCAUUUUCGAAAACUCCUCGAAGUUGCGCGCUUCUCCCUUCGUGACGUCACGAUGGCCAAGAUCGUCCGGACAAACAAACUACCAAGUUCACCACCCCCCCCCUGGUUGUAAUCAAUAUACUCUUACAGAUAUACAGAUAGCCGCUGUCCAGAUUUCGUGGGCGUAAUGCAAGUGCUAUUUUAUUGACAUUUUAUUGUAUAUCCUUAGUUUUAAUAAAAUCAGUUUUGAUAAAACCAGUUUUAAUAAAAUCCUUCGAAAUGAAACGACCUUUUAUUGUUUGGAUCGGUUUUAUAUCAAUUUGUUGCUCAAAAGUUGCCAAGGAAGGCAAAAGUUGCCCUAGGUUGCUGGUACAGUCAAACCUCUUUAAUACGGACACCAAAGGGACAGAACCAAGUGUCCGCUUUACAGUGGUGUCCGUAUUAUAGAGGUAGGGAAUGUAUGAUUUUUGGCUUUUCUGGGACCAAACGAACUGUCCGUAAUAGAGAGGUGUCCGUAAGGAGAGGUUAGACUGUACUACAAAGAGUUGCUCAGAACGCUAAAAGUUGCUCAAAAGUUGCCGAGCACAAUCUAUUUAUGCCUAUAGGGCAUAAAUCACCUUCAAUAAUGUAAAACUUAGUGCGGCAAAAAUAAGAUUUGCUCAGUCAGAGUUUAGUUUAUGUUUUAACACAGCGGCGAGAAGGAAAAGAGGGAAAACCUGUUGUUUAAACAAAUUCCUAAAUGAUAGUUGUUUUUUUUAAAUUUUCAAAACACAAUCUGUGUGGCAUCAUUACAUUAAAUUAAAAUUUAUAGUCGGAGUGGGUGAAUUUUAUUUCUUAACGAGAGCGCGCCAGUGGAGAAAGCUAAAAUUACUGUAGCGGUGGUUUUUCACAGCCCUCAUCAAAGCACCAUUCAUUUUUCACUCACGGAAGUGUUCUUAAUUUCAUUACUGAAUCAUUAACUUAAUGUGGGGAGAAAGGCGAGAUUUUCUCCCAAUAUACAACAUUCAACUCCACAAAACAGGCUGCAAAUGUUGAUAGUGAACGUAAACAAUUCGCAAAAAAUGCCUGUGUGGGACGAUUUUAAGACCGUAUGUUGACGCAUGCGCAUACAAAUUACCCUCCUGUUGUUCCAGGAUGCAUAAUCUUCUCGAUAACACAUUUCACUAAAGAUGUCGACCGAAAACAUUUUUCAUCCCUUACAGUGGCAAUAAAAACAACACUACAACUAAGAAACAAGCUACCAUUUCUUCUUUCAUCUCGCGGAUAUUUAUCUGACAUUAUUUGGCGGGCAUUUCGCCUUUUAGCCACGCGAUUUUUUGCUCUGCGUAUGGGCAGACAUUUGUCGCCUGACCAACAAGACGCAAUUAGUAUGUGACACCCUUUUCAUAUGACCCCAGGUCUGUUAUGUUAGUAUCCUAAACAAUAGAACGGGGGCCAUAUUGGUGUCCCAAAGCUGUAUUGUGGGAGUUCAGCUCUUUUCCUAUGCAAUCGCUUCCUUUUUUUUUUGAGUAUAUUUGCAUAGCUGCAGGCCACGUUAGUAAAAGUGCUCUAUUUAUUACACACUGCAGAUCGUCCGCUCGAUGCUUCCUGAGUGAAAAAUAAUAAUAAUGAUAAUAAUAAUAAUAAUAACAUAUUUAGCCAGGGUAAACCCGUCAGCACUGGGCAACUAACUAGAGUUCAGCAGACUCUGGUUCAGAAUCAAUAGGGAUUUUAAGAUACGGCGACUACGGACUACGGCUACGGAUAAACAUGCUACUGCGCAUGAGCAAAACCACGUGACUGUUCAUUUUUCCUGCGUAGCCCUGCGGCUACAGUGAGUUGUUGAGCUGUUUCGCGUAGUCGGGACUACGGAGAACAUUUUGCUCGUAUUUUGCCGUCCCGAUAAUUCAAGAAUCUCGUCUUUUCGUAAAAAAGUUUUCAAUUCACCUGCUUUAAGUGAGAGAGAAGCGAAAUAUGUAAGUUUUGUCUAAUUUCUGCUCAGAUUUACGCUUUUAAUCCACUGUUGUGACUACAUUUUUAUCUAGCUAGGCUCAUAUUUAAAUAAGCUUCAGAUUGACGGCCGAGGAGAAGAGAAAUCAUGCAGGUAAUUUACUUUUUCUUCGCACUUGAAAAGUUUCAAUGUUUGUUCGAACUGAUUAGUGUGUCUUUCUACUUGUGUAACCUUUGUUUAUGCGAGUUUUUGUAUCGCAUUUGCUGAAUGAAAAUGAUGUAAACAUCUUCGAGACAAUCGAAACUCGGCAUUUCAAUACUUCAAACUACAUCAAAUCAGUAGUCGGAGAAAUCCACCUUCUAAAUCUAGUAAAUGAGCUAUUACUAUUUCUGUCUAUUUCUUUAAUAUUUGACAUAAGUAUUCAUGGGCGAAAAAAAUUAAACCUGUGUAACCAAAACUUUGUUCACCAAUUUCACCCGAAGUAAUUACGUGUAAUUGCUUCCUUCAAGUAUGGAAGAAUUUGUUCAUUGUUCUAAAGAUAAGAUCACAUGCAAAAGUGACUUGCAUUUUUGUGAACUGUGAUGGAAACAAGAAAAUCUUUGCGUGUUGUUUCCCACUCCGCCUCUUCUCUCGUAGUCUACUGUCUGUAGUGCAAUCUUAACGUUCUAUAUUUGCACGACUCAACCCAGUGCUACAAACGAAGGACAACGCUCGUCCAGCCGUAGUUCGUAGUUCGUAGUUCGUAGUCUCCGUAUCUUAAACUCCCUAAUGUCAGAGAUGGAGAGCGAAAGCAAGGUAAGCCAACAACUUUUUGGGAAGGUUGCACUAAUGAUAUAUUAGAAGAAAUAUAUGACAUUUUCAUCAGGAUAAAUGAAACUGUCCGUUAAAUGUAUACGGGUGUGCGUAGUACGCAGGUGUCCGUAGAGCGGGUUUCCACUCUAUUCGAACUUCCCUCGCUAAUGUAAACAUGUGGGUCAACUUCUUAUUCGUUACAUAUAGAACAAAGUGUUUACAGUCUAGACCAAAUUUCUCUCCUGUCUGGUAUAUAAUCAAGUGUAGAAUACGUUUGUUGUACUUCGUGUCCCUUUUUGUCUUUUUCCACCAAAGAAACGAGGCAAACUACAGAGAAAUCUCCGCGUGCUCGAAAUGUCAGUCGGGGAUUCCAUGACGUUAUGCUCCUGAUGCUAUGCGCACCAGUGCACCCCAUAGUCUACAAGACUUGGAACCUCUAUGCAAUGAUCUCGUUCAGCAAGCUAUCGCUUAGAUUUGCUCCGCUUCAAUUUGCAUGGAGUAUGAACCCUCUGGGCACCGGAAGAAGCCCUAUUCGGAUUUCAUUUCAGAACUUGUAGGUUGCCGCACUUGCGGAUCCUCCAACUUAUCAAAGUAGUAGAACCAGUGUAACAGAGACUCUUGACAGAGGCGAAAGCAGUUCCAAUUAACGAUUCGCAUAAGGGCGUUUGUUAACGUAGCCGUAAAGAAUCAAACGUUUGACAAGUUUGGGUAUCUGAAGUCUGCGGUGGUAAAACUGAAAAUUUUAGAUUGUCAGCUCACUCGAGCUGUAUAACUACAACAUGUAAGCAACAGAUGUUUCGCCUGCAAAAUAUUAGAUAACAUUAAGACGAGUCUGCCAUCCAAAUUUGUCCAAACGCAGCUAGUGUUCGACACUAUUUUCACAAGGCGUCACGUCCGCUUUGUUGGUGUCCCACCACAAUAAAUCGGCGGCCAUAUUGUUUCAGUAAAUUUGCAUAGCUACAGGCCACGUGAGUAAAAACGCUCUAUUUAUUACACCCAGCAGAUCGUCCGUUCGCCGCGUCCUGAGCGAAGAAGGUCUUUCAUGGCUCGUUCCAGUUUAGCUGAUUUUGGUUCAGAAUCAACGUCAGAGGAAGAAAGCGAG